AUGAAGAUUUUAUCUUGGAAUGUUAGAGGGCUGGGAAGGCCAGAAAAAAGAGGAAAUAUAAAGAGCUUGGUGAGGGAGAGAUGUGUUGAUGUGCUCUUUCUUCAGGAGACUAAAAGAAGCUCUAUGGAUGAUCAUUUUGUGAAAACUAUUUGGCCUUAUGAAGAAUUGGAAUUUCUGUUAGUAGAUUUAGAAGGAAGUGCUGGAGGCCUUUUGUGUAUUUGGAAGCCACAAGUCUUCGAGCUUAAGGGCUGCUGCAGCAGCAGCAAAAAUUUCAUCAUAUUAUCAGGUAUGUCUAGUAAUUCUUUUCAGUGCACUCUUGUGAAUAUCUAUGCUCCUAAUGAGGUUCUUAGGAGGAGACAGUUAUGGGACUCUCUGGUGAGUAUCCACCAACAUUUUCCAAACCCGUGGUGUGUGGGAGGGGACUUCAAUGAGAUUAGAUAUAUGGGUGAGAGGAAAUGUUGCUCAUCUAGAGAAAGGGGGAUGAAGGACGUUAAUGAGUUUGUGAAAAAAUUGGAAUUAAUUGAUAUGCCUUUGCUAGGUAGGCAGUAUACUUGGUGCAAUGCUCUGGAUGGGAAUAUGUGGAGUAGGAUUGGAUAG